AUGAAGUCUCGACGGGUUACAACAGCCCUAUGGCAGGCCCAGAGCGCCGGGUCCGUACGCCCUAUUAACAAUGCGGCCCCGACGAGUAUACGACGGUUGUCCGUGGCUGCUACCGGGGCAAGCCCUCUGAUAUUGAGGACGAAGACAACAACAACUACAACAACUACCACCACAACCCCCCCAUCCCGACAACCACCAGCCCGCUACCUCCACACCUCACCCCACCAACGCAGCGAGGCCGCCUCAUCUAACCCAGCCAUCAAGUUCCCCUGCCUCGACGCCCUCGAAACCCGCUCCGCCAACCUCGAACAACAAGCCCAAGCGCAAGCCCAACAAGCCUCCGCACGAUCCGACAAGUCCGGCCCCGAACCCUCCUACACCGUCGGCGCGACCCAAACCUACCACUCCCGCGGCGAGCCCCUCCUCCUCGACCACGGCGGCCAGCUACACGAGUUCGACAUCGCCUACGAGACAUGGGGCACCAUGAACGCCGACCGAUCCAACGUUAUCCUGCUACACACCGGUCUCUCCGCGUCGUCCCACGCCCACUCGACGCCCGAAAACCCCCAGCCGGGGUGGUGGGAGAAAUUUAUCGGCCCCGGUCUGGCGCUGGAUACGGACAAGUACUUCGUCAUCUGCACCAACGUCAUCGGCGGGUGCUACGGGUCGACGGGGCCAUCGAGCAUCGAUCCGCUCGACGGCCAGCGGUACGCCACGCGGUUCCCGAUCCUAACCAUCCAGGACAUGGUGCGGGCACAGUUCCGUCUGCUGGACCAUCUGCGCGUGGACAAGCUGUACGCCAGUGUCGGGUCCAGCAUGGGCGGAAUGCAGUCGUUAGCAGCCGGCGUGGAGUUUCCAGAGCGCGUGGGGCGGAUCGUAUCCAUCUCGGCCUGCGCGCGUAGUCAUCCCUACAGCAUCGCCAUGCGCUUUGUCCAGCGCCGCGCUAUCCUCAACGACCCGAACUGGAACCGCGGGUUCUACUACGGCCGGGUGCCACCCCACGUGGGAAUGAAACUCGCCCGCGAGAUUGCAACCAUCACGUACCGCUCCGGACCGGAGUGGGAACAGCGGUUUGGUCGCCGGCGCGCCGAUGGGUCCAAGCCCCCUGCGUUGUGCCCCGAUUUCCUCGUCGAGACCUACCUCGACCACGCCGGCGAGAAGUUCUGUCUGACCUACGACCCGAACAGCCUGAUCUACGUCAGCAAGGCGAUGGACCUGUUCGACCUCGGCCACGCCAACCAGCAGGCCACCGCUACCCGCCGCGCCGAGCGUCUGGCAGCAUCAUCGUCUUCCCAGUCGUCCCCCAUCCCAGGAGACGGCGCAACCUGCAGCCUGACCCUCCCGGACAGACCAUACGAAGAAAAACCAGACCCCAAUGGCGGCAGCCCCCUAGCAUCCGCCCUCUCCAACGAAUCCCCGUCCCCGGGAUCCCAGCAUCAGUCCUCGAACCCACAAACGCCUCAACCCCCCGCCGACCUCGUUGCAGGGCUAGAGACCCUGCGUAACCACCCGGUUCUCGUCCUCGGCGUGGCGAGCGAUAUCCUCUUCCCGGCGUGGCAGCAGCGUGAAGUGGCCGAGGCGCUGCGGCAGGCGGGCAACAAGCAGGUGGAGCACCAUGAGUUGAGCGAGGUGCAGAGUUUGUUUGGGCAUGAUACGUUUUUGCUGGAUGUGAAUGGGGUUGGGGGGCAGGUGAGGAGUUUUUUGGGGUGA